AUGUUCUCCUGUGGCAGUUUUUCUCCUCUCUGGGGAAUUUCUAUCCCCAGCCCAAUUGGGGCUGCUUCAAACACGAUUAAAAUUCCCCGAGAGACACCUUGCAGUUGCUUCGCGGAUGGCAACCGCGUAAGAGAUGGUGGCAUCGGGGGGUCUCCGAACAGAACAGAAUACGAAAAAGGAAGGAGACACGGGCUUUCAGCUGGAAUUCGCCCUCCUUCGCCCAAGCACCGCCUACGGGGCACUCGACGAGUGCCACAGGCAGGGGCCCCCAAGCGACCGGGGCGGGGCCCCCAAGCGACCGGCUCCCGCCCCGGCCGUAGGGACCCAUUGCCGGGCUCGGGGGAGGAGCAACUCGAGGCUGCGAGGGCGCCGUCGCCGUCACGUGACGCGGCACGGGGCAGGGCGCAGGCGCGAAACGUGAGAGGUCCGCGCGGGUGUACUUUUUCUCAGGAGUUUGGGUUUUGUCUAAUCUUCCAGCCUUACUUGGACUCGCGCCCUGUCCAGAUCGAGGGAUUCUCUUCCUCCUUUACCCCUUAUUUGGGCCACAUCUGGCGGGAGGCUUCCAGGAAGUCGGCGGAUCAUCCGUAUAGGUAUGAAGGAGUCAGACCAGUUCAAGGAUUUGGGCAUUUAAGUGAAGCUCAAGUUUUUAAAAGAAAGAUCCCUGAAUUCUGCAGAGGCCAUUUGGGAAAACAUCUCCCCUAAUGACUUCUGCUCCUUUAGUCCAGUUUGGCAGGUAAGUACUGAUGGUAAAUGCACCUUCUUGGAGACAGUGGACACUGGUUCAGUGUGCCCAGAAACUGCUGCAGGGCUUCUCAGACUGCACACAGUUCACCUGGGGGCCGUGGGUAAUUUCAAAUUCUGAUUCUGUAGCUCUGAAAUGAGGCCUGAAAAUCCUGCAUUUCCUAACUUGUAGGUAAUGCCAGUAAUGCUGGUCUGCAGAAAAUGCUUUGAGCAGUCAGAUAUUCCUUGAAGGUGAAAUCUUGAUGUUUUGGAUAUAGAUAAUAAGAAGGAAACAUCUGAUAAGAAGGAAACAAGGUAAGUAAUGCCUCAAGUUCCUUCCAGCACUUAAAUUCUUUGAAUCUUUGAUUCUAACCUCUAGCUUUUACAGACAUAACUAAGUACAACCACUCCACCUCCACAUCUGGGUAGAAGAAACACAAGCUUGGAUUAAAAACUUGACACCCCUUGAAAAGUUGCGGGAGGUUUUCCCGAUUUUUCCUGUACAAUCAACUACCCUAGUGACUAGUUUGUUGCAAUGGAAACACUGCCCAGACUGUCACACAGACUUUGUUCCUGCUUUUUAAAAUGUAUUUGUUUCUCAAGAGAGGCAGAUGGGUGGUUAAAGGCACAGACAAACUAGUCUGUGAAGGUGUGGCCCCAGAAUUUGUAAUUUUAAUAAGUACCAGCCAAGGGAUUAUGUACAUCGCUCUGCCUUAGGAGAUAGCUGUACCCUUGAGAAAUGGGAGGGGUGGUUAGAAAGUUGUGAACAGUUUGCUAAUGCUUUCAUCUAGGAUUAUCAUGUUGAUGCAUAAUUUGGGCAGUCAGCCACCAAACUCUUUAUUGGGGAUCUACUAUGUGGAAAAACAGGAUAGAAACAACCUAGUGGUAGGAGAGACAGAAAAUAAAUAUAAAGAACUAAGACAAUUUCAGGUACUGAGAAGUGUUAUAAAGAGUUGUAAAACAAUUAAAAUAGACCCCAGUUUUCCUUGUUCCAAUCUUUACUUCCUUUCCUUUCUUUUUUCCUCUUUCCUCUCCUUUCCUUUUUUCCCCCCUUUCUCUCUCCCCUUCCGCUGAACCUUGAUUAGCAUUAGAUGACUGACAGGGCUUACAAGAACAGAUCUUUGAAGAACUAUUUCAACAGCUACUGAAACAAGGUUACACCAACAAUUAUGAGAAAGAGGUAUGAAAACACCAUAUUCCGCCCAUUUCAACUGCAAAGGUUUGCAGCAGUUACAUAUAAAGAAAAUUACAACUUGGCCAGUAUCAUAACCAUAUCCCCUCUCUUCUCCUUGCCCUAUAAAAACUCCAAUCUUGCCUUAGGUCAGGGAGUUAUCCAUUUCUGAGCUGCUACCUGACACCCAUCAGCUGAAUAUCUGAGUCACUUUAACUUCUGUGUGAAGUUAAACUUUAACUAUUUUUUGUUCCUUGACAGAAUAUAAAAAAGACUAUUUGAAGGGGGGAGAGACUGCUUUAAUUGGGAAAAUCAGGGAAAAUGUCUCUGGGGAGGAUUUAUUUGAAUUGAGACUAAGUAAUGAAAAGGGUCAGCUUGAGAUAACUUGGUAGAAUGCACUAUUGCUAAACUCCUUUCUUAGUUCUAAUAUUUUUUAGUGGAUUCCUUAGGAUUUUGUACAUAUAUGAUCAUGUUGUCUGCAAGUAGAGAUUAUUUUACUUCCUUUCCAAUCUGAAUGUCUUCUAUUUCUUGCCUGGUUGCCCUGGAUAGAACCUCCAAAACAUUAUUGAAUAACAGGAUGUGAAUGAACAUGGUUGUCUUGUUCCUGAUCUUGGGGAAGUAGGGGAGGCAUUCCUUUCUUCACCAGUAAGUAUGUUAGCUAUGGGUUUUUCAUAGAUUAUCUUUUCUUGGUUUGAGGAAGUUCCCUUGUAUUCUUAGUUUGUUGAGUAUUUUUAAUCAGGAAGGGUUUUGGAUUUUGUCAAGUUUUUCUUUUUCACCUAUUGAGAUGAUUGAAUGGUUUUGUCCUUUCUUGUAUAAAUAUAAUGUAUCACAUUAAUUGGUUUUCUGUUGCAAGAUCAACCUUCCAUUCCCAAGACAAUUCCCCACUUGGUCAUAGUGUAUAAUCCUUACGGUGCUGGAUUCAGUUGGCUAGUAUUUGUUGAGGCUUUUGCAUCUAUGUUCAUUAGAUAUUUAAAUAAGUAGCAUUUUUUUGUAACUUGGCUUUCUGCUUUUUGUUCAGAGUAAUAUGGGUCUCAUAGAGUUGGGAAGUAUUUCCUCCUCUUCUAGUUUUGGAAGUUGGAGAGGUUUCAUAUUAAUUCUCUAAGUGUUUGGUGGAAUCCACCAGUAAAGCCGUCUGGGCUUGGGACUUUCUUUGUGGGGAGUUUUAAAUCACUAAUUCAAUAUCUUUACUUAGUAUACGUCUCUCCAGACUUUCUGUUUCUUCUUGAGAUAGUUCUAAUGGUGUGUUGUCUUUGCAGGACUUUGUCCAUUUUGUCUGUUACCUAAUUUGUUGGCAUAUGGUUGUUCAUAAUAUUAUUUUAUAACCCUUUUUCUUUCUGUAAGGACAGUAGUAAUUUUCCCACUUUCCUAUCCCAUUUUAGUGAUUUUAAUUUGUCACUUAAAAAAUUUAUUCCAUCUGGCUAAAGGUUGGUCAGUUUUUCUGCUUGGAGAUUUGGCUAAAAACCAAUUGGAAGUCAAUCAUUAAGCAGCUAUUUGCCAGAUGCUUCCAGGUGGUGAUUGAUCAGUUCAUAAGC